UAGAUGUCGUUUUACAAUAAAUGUUAGUGUUUUAAUAGAAGUUGAAAUUUUACAUUAUGUGAAAGUUAAAAAAAAGUGAAAGAAAGUAUAAAAAAAAAAGUGAUAUAAUAUUUGUGGAAAAUGGCAAAUCCUCCUCCAAAUGUUGGCCAAUCUUAUUUUUGGGGUUCAGGAGUUUCUCAACCACAAAAUAUGGGAUAUUAUUCUGUACCACCUCCAAAUUUUCCACCUCCAAACUUCAGACAACCACCACCUUCUUAUAACAUGCCAGUUUCUACAUUGUCUGAAAAUAAAGCUGGAAAUUAUGCUUCUCCAUAUCAUUCUAUGGGAACAUGUUAUCAAAAUGAAGUUUCAAAUGCUUAUCAUGAUGUUUCUUAUCAAACUCAAACAGAAUUGCAAUGUAACAAUCAAAAUUAUAAUUUAUCUAAUUAUUCUCAAUCAAUAAGUGGAAAUUUUAAUACAAACUGGGAUGAAAGGAAUAUAUAUCAUAAUAAUGAUAAUACACAAUGGAAAUCAAAUAAUUAUUCAUCAGAUUGGAAUAAGUCACAGAAUACAAAAGAAUCUUGGUAUGAAACAAAUAAAAUAGAAGAUGAUAGAAAAUCUAUGUAUGCAAAAUUUAAUAGUUCCCCCAAAAAUAGAAGAUUUGAAUGGAGAUAUAGAGAAAAAGAAGUUUCUAAUAGUUAUUCAAUUAAUAAAAGACGUUCUAGAAGUCCUGAAAAUAGAUCAAGAGAAAGUAGAUCAAGUAGAUCACCAUAUAGAUCAAGACAUGAUUAUCAAAGAGAUAAAUAUUCAAAAUAUGUUAAAAAUAGAUCGAUUUCUAGAGAACGUUUACAUUAUGAAGAAGAUUCUGAUAGAAGAUCAUCAUACAGAAGAAAUAAUUCAUAUGUAUCACACUCUCAAAGAUCUUAUACAAGUUAUAGAAGUAGGAAAAGAUCAAGAUCUCAAGAAUCUUAUUCAUCUAGAACUAUUAGUCCUAAUAAUAAUCCUGUCAUUAAUAAGGAUAGAACUGAAAGAGAAUUACUUCUAGAAAAAUAUAGACAAGAUUAUUGUGCAACAAGCAAAGAUAUGGAAAGAAAAAUGGAUGAAUUAUCUGCAAUGGGACCUGAAGGUAUCAUGGAAAAUGCUAGAAAAGUAUGGACACGUACUGCACCAGCAGAUUUGUAUUAUACUAGAGAUGAAAAUAAUCCAAAAAUAAUGAGAGGUACACAGAAAUUACAUGAGUUAUGUGAAUUAUUUAAAAAAAUAUUAUUAGAUAGAGCUGCAGCUGCAAGAGCUUUACAGCCUCCUUAUGAACCACCUCCAAGAAAAACUAGAGCUCGUUUAUGUAAACAUAAAUCUGAAGCUUGUAGUAGUUCUUCUUCUGAUAGUGAUAGUUCAAUGGAUGAAGAUGAUAGAACAAUGGAAGAAUUAAUGGCAAAAAAACAACAUCCACAAAGAUUACAUCCUGAAAUGUGGUUUAAUGAUCCUGGAGAAAUGAAUGAUGGACCAUUGUGCAGGUGUAGUGCAAAAUCAAGAAGAUCUGGUAUUAGGCAUGGAAUUUAUGCUGGAGAAGGUGCAAUAAAUAAAUGCGAUUUAAAUUCGAAUAAUGCUGAUAAAUUAUAUCAUUAUCGAAUAACAAUUAGUCCGCCGACAAAUUUUCUUACUAAAACACCGACAAUUAUUAAGCAUGAUGAACAUGAAUUUAUAUUUGAAGGAUUUUCGAUGCUUUCACAUUUUCCUCUCGUAAAAUUGCCAACUUGUAAAGUCAUAAGAUUUAACAUUGAAUAUACAAUUCUUUAUAUAGAUGAAAAGUUGCCUGAAAAUUUUAUCAUUCGAGAAUUGGAUUUUUUUCAAACUUAUUUAUUCAAGGAAGUAUUGGAACUUAUAGACUUUGAUUUACAAGCCGCGCAAAAUAAAUCUGGUUGUGGGCAAUUUCAUUUUAUGCCAAGAUUCGUACGAGAUUUAGCCGAUAAUGGACAAGAAAUAUUAUCUAUGAAUGAGGUUUUAAAUUAUUUAAUAAAAAGUAGUAAAUUAUUAAUAGAUCCAGAUGAUCUGCCUAGAUUGGUAGAAAUGCCACAAUAUAAAUGGCAAAAUUUUGCCGAUGAAGUAAAGGGUAUGAUUGUUACAUUUCCUGGAAAGAAACCAUGUAGUGUUCGUGUAGAUCAAUUAGAUAGAAAUCAAACUGAUCAACCACCUGGCGUAAUUGCCUAUCCUGAAAUUGUACAUUUUGGAAUUAGACCACCACAACUUAGUUAUGCAGGAAACGCAGAUUAUCAAAAAGCAUGGAGAGAUUAUGUAAAAUUUCGCCAUUUAUUAGCUAACAUGCCAAAACCAUCAUUUGAAGAUAAAAGAAAAUUAGAAGCAAAAGAGAAUAAACUCCAAGAAUUAAGAACUCAAAGUAAAAUGAAACGCGAUGUUACCGUAGAUGUUAGUUCUGAAGGAUUUUAUAGAACUGGAAUAAUGUGCGACAUAGUACAACACGCAAUGUUAAUUCCUGUACUUGUUUGCCAUUUAAGAUUUCAUAAAUCUUUAGAUAACUUAGAACGUACUUUAGGCUAUGAAUUUAAAAAUAGAUAUCUUCUUCAAUUAGCAUUGACACAUCCUAGUUAUCGUGAAAAUUUUGGUACAAAUCCUGAUCAUGCAAGGAAUUCUUUGACUAAUUGUGGAAUAAGACAACCUGAAUAUGGUGAUCGUCGAAUACAUUAUAUGAAUACUCGUAAACGUGGUAUUAACACAUUAAUUAAUAUAAUGUCAAGAUUCGGUGCAAGAACCGAAACAGAGUCUUCGAUAGCGCAUAAUGAAAGAUUGGAGUUUUUAGGCGAUGCAGUCGUUGAAUUUCUUACAUCAAUUCAUUUAUUUCAUAUGUUUCCUGAUUUAGAAGAAGGUGGUUUGGCUACUUAUAGAGCAGCAAUUGUUCAAAAUCAACAUCUUGCUGUAUUAGCAAAAAAGUUAAAUUUAGAGGAAUAUAUGCUCUAUGCACAUGGAAGUGAUCUUUGUCACGAUUUAGAAUUACGUCAUGCAAUGGCAAAUUGUUUUGAAGCAUUAAUGGGUUCAUUAUUUCUUGAUGGAGGUAUAGAAGUUGCAGAUAGAGUAUUUGGUGAAACAUUGUUUAAAGAUGAAGAAGAUCUUGCAAAAGUUUGGGUAAAUUAUCCAAAACAUCCUUUACAAGAACAGGAACCAACAGGUGACAGACAAUGGAUACCAAGUUUUGAAUUAUUGCAAAAACUAACGAAAUUUGAAGAAUCUAUUGGCAUUGAGUUUACUCAUAUUCGACUUUUGGCUAGAGCAUUUACCGAUCGUAGUAUAGGAUAUACGAAUUUAACGUUGGGUUCCAAUCAACGUUUAGAAUUUUUAGGAGAUACCGUAUUACAACUUAUAGUUUCCGAAUAUUUAUACAAAUAUUUUCCGGAACAUCAUGAAGGACAUUUGUCUUUAUUACGGAGUUCUCUUGUAAAUAAUAAAACUCAAGCUGUUGUAUGUGAUGAUUUGGGAAUGACGCAAUAUGCACUUUACGGCAAUCCAAAAGCCGAAUUAAAAACAAAAGAUAGAGCAGACUUAUUGGAAGCAUUUUUAGGAGCUCUUUAUGUUGAUAAAGGCUUGGAAUAUUGUCGUGUUUUUUGCGAUGUAUGUUUCUUUCCACGUUUACAGGAUUUUAUUAUGAAUCAAGAUUGGAAUGAUCCAAAAAGUAAAUUGCAACAAUGUUGUUUGACAUUAAGAACAAUGGAUGGUGGAGAGCCUGAUAUUCCUGUAUACAAAGUAAUUGAAUGUAAAGGACCAACAAAUACAAGAGUUUAUACAGUUGCUGUAUAUUUUCAAGGAAAACGAUUAGCAAAAGCAUCAGGUCAUAGUAUUCAAGAAGCAGAAAUGAAUUCAGCAAAAGAAGCUUUAGAAAAAUCUCAAGAUUUAUUUCCACAAUUAGAUCAUCAAAAACGUGUAAUAGCAAAAAGUAUGAAAAUGCAACAAUGGCCAAAUAAACAUAAAACAAGAGGAAGGUCCAUGAAACCUACAGAUAGACAUGAUGAUUCUGAUUCUAGUCAACGAUCUAAAAGAAGUCGUAGCGAACUAUAAAUUACGAUUCAUUAGAAUUAAUUGAAAGGCUAUUUUAUAUUUAAUAAUUGAUAGUGACUCUGGUA